AAACAAAGAGAAAAAGCUAGCGGACUCAGAUAUAUUCACAGUAUACGUUUAUGGCAACUCAAAUGGCUUUUCGUCAAUGGCUAAUUAAGGAGAACUUCGUACCUUUCUUGCUCUUAGCUUCAAUUUUCCUUCUAGUGCUGCGGACGUUCUUCUUCUACAAGAAGUCGAGAAAAAGAAAAGUGAAUCUCCCACCAAGCCCUCCAAAGCUGCCCAUCAUUGGAAACCUUCACCAGCUUGGGAAAAUGCCUCAUCUCUCUCUCAAGUGUUUGGCAGAGAAGUUCGGACCAAUAAUUUAUUUACAGCUUGGCCAGAUCCCAGCAGUGGCCAUUUCAUCUGCUAGACUAGCAAAGGAAGCCAUGAAAACCCAUGAUCUUGCAGUAGCAAGCCGCCCACAAUUCUUUUCAGCAAAACACCUCGUUUAUGGUUGCACAGAUAUUGCCUUCUCCCCCUAUGGUGCAUAUUGGAGACAUGUUCGAAAAAUAUGCAUUUUUGAACUUUUGAGUGCUAAAAGAGUUCAAUCAUAUAGCUUUGUCAGAGAAGAAGAAGUAGCUCGUUUGGUGCAUCGAGUUGAAGAAUCCUAUCCUUCCACCACCAAUCUAACCAAGAUGCUUGGACUCUACGCAAAUGAUGUCCUCUCUCGGGUUGCUUUCGGAAGGGAUUUCUCAGGCGGAGGAGAAUACGAUCGCCAUGGGUUCCAAGAGAUACUCCACGAGAUUCAAAUAUUGCUUGGAGGAUUUAAUCUUGGAGAUUUCUUCCCUUCCAUGGAAUUUAUUGACAGUUUAACAGGCACGAAAUCGAGACUUCAAAAGACUUUUCGACGGUUUGAUCGACUUUUUGACCAGUUGCUGGAUGAACAUGUCAAUCAGAAGAGAGAGACAAAGGAGCACAAGGACCUUGUGGAUGUGUUGCUCCAUAUACAGGAGAGUGGAUCUGAUGAAAUACCUCUUACCAAGGAUAAUAUAAAGGCUAUCAUCUUGGACAUGUUUGCUGCAGGAACUGAUACAACGUGGAUCGCCCUUGACUGGGGAAUGACAGAGCUCAUCAUUAACCCUAAAGUCAUGGAAAGAGCACAAGCUGAAGUACGAAACGUAGUAGGAGAUAGAAGAGUUGUUUUAGAGAGUGAUUUGGCACAGUUGCAGUAUUUGAAAGCUGUCAUCAAAGAGAUCUUUCGACUGCAUCCUCCAAACCCAUUAUUGCUCCCAAGAGAAUCCAUGGAAGAUGUGAGCAUUGAUGGGUACGAUAUUCCGGCAAAAACACGUUUUUUUGUGAAUGCUUGGGCAAUAGGGAGAGAUCCAGAAUCUUGGGAAAACCCAGAUUUGUUUGAACCAGAAAGAUUUAUGGGUAGCACAAUCGACUUCAAGGGGCAGCAUUUCGAGCUGAUUCCUUUUGGAGCUGGUAGAAGAAUGUGCCCAGCUAUCACAUUUGGAACAGCCAGUGUUGAGCUUGUUCUAGCUCAACUUCUCCACAGCUUUGAUUGGGAGCUUCCUCCUAAUACUAAACCUAAAGAUUUAGAUAUGGCAGAGGUUUUCGGAAUCACAAUGCAUAGGAUAGCUGAUCUAAUUGUCAUCGCCCAACCACGCUUUCCCGUUUGACUGUACAAAUAAUAAUUCAAAUAAUCAUGAGUUUUCAUGAUUUGAUGGUUCAGAGCAAGUAGAGAUCAUCAGGUAAUCUGGAGAUGCUGCGGUGUUUUAUGAUCUACAAUCUGAAGCUGCAUUCUGAGGUUCCUUUGUGUAAAGCUUUGUAUAGUUUCAUAUCUUUUUGUAUUUGGUUUGGGAAAAUGUUUACGUAGGUGGAU